GGCAGCCAUUAAUGCCUUUGCUGCUCUGCUGUGCACAAAGGCUAACGUUUGCUCGGUGGUAUCUAAGGGUUACAUCUCUGGCCUCUUGCAGCUUUACGAGGAUUGGCACAGCAAGGAUACUCAACAUGUUGCCAUAGCAAUCUGCCAUGCCCUGCUGCACUGCCUCCAUAAGGUCACCCACAGUACUGCAGGCAGACAGGCUUUCAUAUCCCACGGAGGCACUAGACUGCUGUAUGAAACUACACAGAAAUGUUUAUUAAGUAAAGGUCUGGAGUCUCUGGUGGAGCCCUCUGUGCAGCUGAUGAGGAAGUGUCUUCCCGGAACUCCACUACCACUGACAUCAGAUCAGUCUGCAUACAAGUUCCCCCUGCCUGGAAGACCACAUGUCCCUGAUAUGGAUGUGGCACCAGAUGACAGCAGUGAGGAAAGUGAUGAGGAGGAGGAUGAAGAUAACCAAGAGGCAGACAGCAAAGACUAU